UGGUCAGCUGGCCAUUCGUGACAGCACUACCACCACCUGCAGGAUAUUUUGUUGCAGUUAACCGAAAGCAACACAGUAGCCUAAAGUGUGGUGUGUGUGUUUGUGCCAGUGUGUGUGUGUGUGCCUGUCUUCAGUAAUGUUGCCAGUGAUCGUGGUCCAUGGAGGGGCUGGUCACAUCCCUAAAGAGCGGGCCGAGUUGUCGUGUGCCGGGGUGAGAGAGGCAGCCAGGGGGGGCUACGGCGUUCUGCGGGGCGGUGGCAGCGCCAUGGACGCUGUGGUGGAGGCGGUGACCAUGCUGGAGAACAACCCAGCAUACAACGCAGGCAGGGGCUCGGUGCUGAACGUGAAGGGCGAGGUGGAGAUGGAUGCCAUCGUCAUGGAUGGCCGCACGCUGGCCAGCGGAGCCGUCUCGGCUGUGCGCAGGGUGGCCAACCCCAUACAGCUCGCCAGGCUGGUCAUGGACAAGACCAACCACCUGUGUCUGACAGCGGAGGGGGCGUCUCAGUUUGCCAGGGCGAUGGGCGUCCCGGAGGUGCCGGAGGAGUCUCUCAUCACCGACUAUGCCAGGAUGCGCUGGAGGAAGAACCUAGAUUCAGAUGCCAACCCCGUGGAGUGCCAAAUGGGCAAGAUGGGCACGGUGGGUGCGGUGGCGGUGGACGCGGAGGGCAACGUGGCCUGUGCCACCUCCACUGGGGGCAUGAUCAACAAGAUGGAGGGACGCGUAGGAGACACACCCUGCAUAGGAUGUGGAGGCUACGCCGAUAAUAAGCUGGGAGCGGUCUCUCCUACCGGCCACGGAGAAGCCAUCAUGAAAGUCGUGCUUUCCAGACUCAUUCUCUUCCACAUGGAGCAAGGGCGAUCCGCGGAGGAGGCGUCGGACCUGGGCCUGGCCCACAUGAAGGAGCGUGUUCAGGGCCUGGGCGGGGUGAUCACGGUGGACCCCCAGGGGGUGUGGGCCGCACGCUUCAGCAGCAAGCAGAUGGCCUGGGCGGCCGUGCAGGCCGAGCAGCUCCACUACGGCCUUUACGCCGGAGAAGACUUCACAGAGGCCGCACAACGGCCUUAAGUCUAGCAAGAUACCUGUACUCAUCAUGGAUAUUCAUUCGGCUCAUGUUGUUCAUCCAAAACAACUCUAGACAAAUGUU